UGUUAGGACCGGAUGGGCUAUGGUUGGACCGUUACAACAAUCCUCCAAUCCAGCCCAAGAAGGCCCAGUUGGAGAGGCAACAAAAGCAGCAGCAGCAGGAAGGUUGGGGGCAUCGAUUGAUCACUUGGACUUGGUGGAGCUGAAGCUCUCGACGGCGGCGGCGACCUGGGCAGCCGGUGGGCACCCUUGUCGAUCUCUCUCCCCUACCUCUCCUCCUACUUACAGCCUUCUCUCUCAGCUCUAGAAGCUUCCAGAAUUUGUAUUACUUAGUUUCUUCUUCUCUUUUCAUCCCAAAACAAUUGUUCCUUGUAUGGUGGAUGCUUGCUAUUAAGUUGGAAGAAGUGGGUUGUUAACAAUCUGGUAUCAGAGCCGUUCGGUUCAUUGGGAUUCUUGUCAUGGAGGUGUUGGGGAGGCAGCCAUGCAAGAGGGAGCAGGAAUUGGGUUGGGGAAGUUUUCAUCCAAGCAGCGCCCACCAACUGUUCGAUGGAACGCCAAGCCAACCUGCGAUGUCCAAGAAAGAUCAGAGCAUAUCUGAGCCCAUUCCCAUCAAUUCCACCAUGAAAAAAGAGGAGAAAUGGCUAGAUGAAGCUUUGGAUCGGAUAUUGGAGAAGUUUGAACAAAUGGAGGCCAAGCGUAGGUGUGAUGAGAAGAUUGAUCGAAUUUUGAAGAAGUUGGACGAGAUAGAUGCUAAUAGGAACAAGUUCUUCGAGGAGAUGGGUGCCUCUAUCAAGGCGACCACUGCCGUACUCAAUGCUGGAUCAUCUCUACCACCCAUGGCACCGUCUCCUCUAGCGCCUACCAAGUGUUUGACGGAAUGCUCCAACAACAACAUCACUUGGGUGGCUGCGAAUUCAAGUCACAUUGGUGAGGUGCUUGCUCCGAUAGCUGCCUGGGAGCUAGGAGACAGAAAGGACAUGGACCAAGCUCCCUACAUUGUCACCAAGGACCUCCUCAAGGUCACGCCCACCAAGUGUUCGACGAUAUGCUCUAGCUCUGACACCAAGCCCGAUCUCACUGUAGUUGCUCCGGUUACUUGCACCACCCUCGCUGUGUCAUCAAUGGUGUUGUUAGCUUCUGACGGCACCACUGGCAACACUAACAUUGACGCCCCUGUUUGUUUCAAGGAGACGCAUGCCAUGUGCUCGAUGGUCGGCCUCGACGUCAAUGGUGGCAAUGACCAAGCUGUGGUUGCAUUCCAAACCAAGACAGUGGUGUCCAAGGACGUUUCAGCAUCCGUCCACCCCAUGGGCAACCUAGCAACCAGAUUAUUCGUUGACAAGAUGAUGGUACAAUGUGAGCUGCAGCCAGUACCUUGUGAAACGUUCAACUCCUAUGACACAAGAGUACAUAUCUUGCAACCUUGGCCGCCGACAAUUAAAGUAAGUUGGCUUGCACUGAUAUUUAUUGAAAUUGGAGUAGCUCACACUGAUAUGAUGGAUAAAGUGUUGCAUUGGGCUGAUCUAAAACCAUGGCCUCCACCUUCGGGAAAUGGCAGUGUGCAUUUCCUGAUCAGUGCACAUGCAAGUGUUGAAUUACAGGAAUUAGAUUUGGCUGAGGCAAGGGAAGGUGAGUUAUUAUCAGUUGUUGACCUAUGGUUUGUUGAGAUGUGGCACUCAGGUUAUGCAAUCCUCAAUGAAAAUUAUGAAGACUAUAACCUGCUUCAACUCCUAUUAUGCAAGAAGUGGCUUAAACUUGUACUAUGUGAAAUGUGCUGUAGAAGAUAUGAACUGAAGUUGCCAAUUGGGUGUGAUCCUAAACAGUACAUUGUUGACUUGAUUCUAGAGUUGGAAGGUACUUUGGAGGCUCUGGGUGAUUAUUGUUUCCUGUGUCAGGGAGUAUGGUCUGAAUUCAUAGUUGGCAAUAAUUUAGAUUUUUUGAAGCAGCUAGAAUUAACAUCUGAUAAGCUGGUGCAAGUAACCUCGAAUCUAGUAAGAACAUGUUAUAUGCAGAAGUUAGGAACUGGAGAGGAACACAUACUCAAAUUCAAAUAUGCUUGUAAUGGAUGGCCCACAAGGAAGUUCAGAAAGAUGCCAAAGAAUGAUUGUAAUGGACACUGGAAGAUGUCUAGAUUGUUUGUGAACCUACAUUACUUCUCCUUUGGCUUAUCGACUGCUAAAACAGUUCAAAAGGGCAGCUGCUAUCUAAGGGGCUCUGACAAGGUGUUGUUAACUAAGUUGGAAAUGCAGAGUUGUGUGAACCUGGGCGAUGAUAAUGUUUCUUGUCACACGAUGGCUCCUAGUGAAGGAAUGGAUUUUUGUGAGUUAAAAGUGCUUGAGGUAACAAGUGAUGGAUGCCCAAUAUUCUGGAUUUUGGUUCUAGCAGCUACUGAAUGGAAGGUUGGAAAUUAUACAAUUCUAACUGAAGGGACUUAUACCAAGAUGGCUGUUUGUUCAGAGCAGAAAUUACAAUGUGAUGCAUUAAAAAGAAACCAGACAGGGGCAAAGCAUGUUAUCCAGAGGAACACAUUUGUUGCUCCUGGGAAUUUAGCCUACUCAGUAACCAACAACUAUCUACCAGAAGGCAACAAACAUAGAACUAUGGCCACAAGGGUGAAUGUUUUUGGACAUGGUAUCCACUCAACAGAAAACCAAGGAUUUUAUUCAGAAGGGAUUCAGGUGCAUUCGAGUGUCCAGAAAAUUCCUGCUCUUGUACUGAACCGUGAAUUAAGUAUGGAUUUUAGCAAAGAUAUUGCAGCUCCAAUGAAAUAUGCUCUACAAGUUUCUGAAUCUUUUGAGCUCAACAGGAGCAAAAAGGUACAUGAUCUAUUCCAUUUCGACGAUGGUUUACUGUCUAGCAGCCAAGAAUUGGAGCACCCAUGGGAUCCAGGAGGUUUGCUUCAUCGGCUUGGGGACAAGACGAUUUUCAAGGAGAGGGGAUUGUUAGGACCGGAUGGGCUAUGGUUGGACCGUUACAACAAUCCUCCAAUCCAGCCCAAGAAGGCCCAGUUGGAGAGGCAACAAAAGCAGCAGCAGCAGGAAGGUUGGGGGCAUCGAUUGAUCACUUGGACUUGGUGGAGCUGAAGCUCUCGACGGCGGCGGCGACCUGGGCAGCCGGUGGGCACCCUUGUCGAUCUCUCUCCCCUACCUCUCCUCCUACUUACAGCCUUCUCUCUCAGCUCUAGAAGCUUCCAGAAUUUGUAUUACUUAGUUUCUUCUUCUCUUUUCAUCCCAAAACAAUUGUUCCUUGUAUGGUGGAUGCUUGCUAUUAAGUUGGAAGAAGUGGGUUGUUAACAAUUCUGAAUCUACUAACAGAUGCAAGGAGUUUAACAGAUCAGUCAACUAAUCUCUGAAAAUGAAAUGCAACAUUCACAUAAAGUUGCAACGAUGCUUCCCCUACUCCAGCAGAAACAAAACACAGAUAACUACAUGACAAAACAGAUGAAUUUACUCACAUGACAAGUCAGCCGAUGCAGAAGGGAAUGGACCAAACAGGGUGUUGUAGUUGAGCCUCUUGAUCAAAUUUCACAGCAAAAGAGUUAACUGACUGACAGGCUCCACAAAUAAUUAACAUGGCAACAAUAUUGGGAUGGGUCAUUCAGAAUAAAGAAGAAAAAAAUGCAGCCAUGCAGGCUGUUGUUGUUCUGAAUAACUCAGGAAAGCACAUAUUAACUUUUUAUUAGAAUUAUAACAAAAACAGAUGUAAAGAGGGCUAGUAAAAAAAUGCAACACUAGUAGACAAUGCACAGUUAGAUGCAACCAAAAAAAAUCAUUACUCUUCAUUUCUGCCAUUGCUCACAAAACUUGAUUACAACAAACUAGUGUAGACCAAUGGAUGUUCAAGGACUUAGUCAAAAGACAUAAAUAACUUCUAAUUGCUAAAAAAACUUAAUCACUUUUGCUGUAUUAAUUUUCCAAGAGAAAGUAUAUGGGUGUGGGGCUAGCAAAAUGGCAAGCUUCAGGUAAAUAGUGUAUACAACUAUCAACCUUUACCAAGUAAGUACAAUAUUGCAAUGAUUCAUUCAUAAUAAAGAAUAAAAAAUAUGCAAGCAUGCAUGCUGCUGAUGUUCUAAAUGAUGAAGGAAAGUGCAUCUGAACUUUAUAUUAGAACAAUAACAGAAGGGAAUCGUAACAGAAGCACAUGGAAAUCAUACAUCAUCUUGUUUUGCAAAUUGAACACAACCUAUAUCUUUAAUCAACGCACAGUUUAGAUGUGAGCUUGCUGCAGCCUGCACAGGGUUGCUCAAUCAAGUUUGUACUGUAGAAGGGAUCUUCAUUGGUUCUAUCGUAUAAGACACAAUGAAUGGAGCUUUAAAGGUGCUUGCAACUUAACCAGCUGAAAGAUUUAGGUGUAUAACUGACACUGCUUUGUUUCAUAAAACAAAGAACAUGGUAAAAGCUUUUGAUAUUCUAAGGUGGACACAUUUACAAUUUAUUGUUAACAAACACAGAAGGAGACGUGCAUGUUAAGAACAGAGGAAAAAAAACAAAAUCCCCUCUACAGGACAGAACAAAACAGAGGGGGAAAAAGAUGCUAGCAAACCUGUAAAUCUGCCAAAAGCAUGUCCAAUUUAUUCCGAAAAAUGCAAAUCACACAAAAAAAAUCCCCAUCUACCAGCCACAAAUCCGAGCUCAGUGACAAG